CGACUGGGUUGCUGAGUGCCGGAAAGAAGCCGAAAUGAGACAAAGAACACUCGCCUGGAUUGAGGACUUCAUUGCACAUCAUCCGGAAGGACUCGUCGACAAUACAUUUUCACUUGCUCAACCAAAAUUUGACCAUCUCCAGAAGGACGACGAGCAGGAAUUUCCAGCACUUCCACCGCCUAAACCUGCAGCACCGAAACCAAAACACGUAUCCAAGCAGCCAACAAAGAGCUCCACCAACAAUUCAGAAUCGCCAACAAAGAAAAAUUCGAUUCCUGUUCAGAAGAAUCCAGCUCAAGGGCUUGGUACUGCAAAUACUGGCAGCACAAAUCAGAAGACAUAUGCAAGUGUUGCAAACUCGUCUAACAACGCCAACGCAAACACAAACUCAACCACUCCUCAGUCUCAGCCCCAAACCCAACCCACAGCGUGGGACAACAAUCCUUGGGUCGUAGCCGCUAUCAAGAAGAAUCCAGCUCAAGAGCCAAAAGCUGUAAAUCCCAGCCACACAAACAACCCGUGGUCAAAUGUCUCAAGCUCGGCCACAAGCGCAACCACAAACGCAACCACACCUGCUUCUCAACCUCAAAUAGAAACCACAGCCUUGAGCAAAAACUUUUGGGGCCGACACCUCAAGCCAUGGACCCCAGACCCAACCGACCCAGUUCUCUCCACUUCGCCACCAAAGAGCCUGGGCGGCUCAGCCGACUCCUCCACCGACAUCGCAGAGCAACAAGCCAUCCUGAACCGAGAAAUCCUCGACACAUCACACGGAGACUGGAAAGAAUGUCGCUGCGAUCAAUGCUACGACGACAACAAGACUGAGCAUUCAAAACACAUGGCCGAGUACGAAGAUUGUAGAGACGCUUUCUUUAAUCAUGAGAUGUUUGACGGGAGGUUGAGGGAGUUUUGGGAAAGAUUGGAGGGGAAGAUGGUGCAAGGGGAGGAGAUCUGUAAACUUUGUAGAUGGAAGAGGGAUUUGGGGCAGCAUCCGUUUGAGAGGACAGGUACAUCGUCAAAUGGCGAGGGGAGGUGGGAAAGAAAUAGUGGAGGAUGAGGCAAUGACGGCGGGAACGAAGAAAUGGGAAUGAAUGGAAGGUUUUCAUGGUACUGAGUUAAGAAGAAACGGGAAUUUGGCUAUGAGAAUAGACUGGAGAUCAUUCAAGACAGAAGUUUUGAUCAU